AUGCGUCAUGAGUUCACGCCCCAGGAUUAUCUCUUUCCACAGGCGUAUAAAUACCGCUUUGAGCUAUUUGCUGUGGACGAGAAAAAAGAUUCGCAACUUGAUUGUGGAGUCCUGGAGGAGCCGGAUAUCCAAGGUAUUAUUGACACUGGUUAUCCGAAGCAUCCAGAGUGGAAGAGACUUCGACCAGAGGAAGUGAAAAUCUGUUCUGGCCUUGAUGGUGAUCAUUCUCAUGAAAGAUGUUUAGCGGACUUUCCAACCAAGGUGUUUGUUGGUGGGAAUGUGUACUUCUAUAAACAAACAGUGGAUGGGGAUAUGACAAAGGCUCUCACUGAAAUGAGGGCCUACAAAAGGAUGCAGAUUUCGGGCAUCAACAACACUACUCAGAAGGAACAAGAGCAGGAAGACUACCAGGACUACCACAACGGCCACAGCAAAGGACAGCAAAGAAAAUGAUGGCGAUGAUACUUACACCGAC